AUGGCUGCUUUGCCUUUCUUCGCUUCGCUGCUGACGUGGCCCCUGGUGCUCAGAGCAUCGAGCUCUGUGAGCCCAUGCGACGAGAGAUAUGCCGACUGGCUCACUGAUAGAGAGCAGUUCGAGCGCAUGGAUGAGCCUCGCUAUCUUCAGGGCUUGCACGUGCUGUGCCUCUGGCGCGAGAAGGAGGAUGGCCCAGUGUUCCUUGAAGCACAGCUAAAUGGCAUCAGAGAGGAGAACCCGUUUCUCUCCGAGCUCCCUCCAGACGUCAUCGAUGCUGACUGGGGAGCCUUCCGGAAGCACCUGCAAUAUCUGCUUCACUUCACGAAGGCCACCAACGAGUGGGGGAACUUCCACCUGAAGCAGCCCUUCGGCCUCUUCGAGCCGGGCGGGCGUCGACUCGCCUCGACCGCAGAAGUUCUGGAUGCCCAGCUUGUGCUCCUCUUCGAAGGCGGGCAAUGGUUUUGGCCUCCAGUGCGAGUCGGCUACGUGCGAGCGCUUCCCGGCACGACCUACGAGCUGAAGACGGUCUCCGUCCAGCCCGUGGUCUUCCUGGUGCGCGGCUUCCUGCGGGAGGAGGAAUGCCAGACCAUCAUUGCCAUGGGAGAGGCCAACAUGUCGGAGUCGCCCAUCGUGCCCAUGGACACGCACCACCGGGACAAGGCCACCAAAGAGUUUCGGACCAGCACCCAAGCACGCUUGGAGAGCAGUGAAAGCCCGCUGCUCACCGAGUUGGACCAUCGCAUCAGCAACCUGACGCGUGUGCCAGUGCACCACAACGAGGAGGUCCAGAUCUUGAGAUACCGGCUGGGUGAGUUCUACGCCGCCCACACCGACAAUUUCGACCCCCAGUACUAUCAGAACAGUGUCGAUUACAUCGACAAGGGGCACCGAAAUCGCCUGCUUACCGUCUUCUGGUACCUGACCAACGUCAGUCAGGGUGGACAGACGCUCUUUCCGCGGGCACACGCUCUGCCACAGCCAGAGGACAUGCACAGCUGUGAGAAGGGCCUCAAAGUUCAGCCGGAGAUCGGCGCCGUCUUGCUUUGGUAUUCCCUGCGGCCCAACGGAAACUCCGAUCCGAAUAGCCUCCACGCCUCCUGCCCAGUGCAAGAGGGCAUGAAAUGGUCUGCCAAUUACUGGGUCUGGAACAAGCCGCGCGACGUUCAAGUCGCUCUGCCAGACGCAGACUAUGAUGAUGAGUACGGUGCGCUCGACUUGAUUGAGCGCCAUUUUGGGAUCGUGAGGAUCCAGGGACAGUGCCUUCACCCGACUACCAACAUACUAGAUUGCAAGCUCACAGGAGAGAAAGAGGUUCCGGAGGGAGCCGAGGCGAAUGAUGACAUGACAUCCAAGAUAUGUGAGUCCUCGGUGGCGGAAAGCGACGCUGUGCCUCAAAACAAUGUCAGCGCCACCUUUGAAAACCGGCACGAGCACCCCGUCCGGUCCUCCGCUCGCAUCCGCUCGCAUCCGCUCGCCCUGUCGGCGACAAUGAAGCUGGGCUCCAUUCGCCUCCUCUUGGCGUGGGCCUUCAUUUUUUGGACCUCCGGGUCCUUCAAACUCGUCGAGUCCCCCCUGGCAAUGACCAAUUCCACGAACGAAACCGCGAAUCGCAUUGUGGAGGAGGUUGUUGCCCAGAGGCUGCAUGCAGACAUGGAGGAGAUCAGCAGCAUUGACAACCCUGCCUCGGAGAACCAGAGUGGUUCCAACGAGAGCACAGCCAUGCAAGGCCCUGGUGAAUUGGCCAGAAACCUGGAGUUCCUGCUGAUCAAAGUCGCACAGCUGGAGGCAGUAGCCGAGAUGCAGCAGGCCAAGCUGAACGAGCAGACAAAGAAGAUCGUGUCGCAAGAAGACAGGAUCCAGUCCCUGGAGAAGAAGGUGAACGGCGAAGGUCAGAAAAGCGCCGGGGCUUUCGUCGAAACGGAGCACAAAGAUGCACAAACACUGUUGAACGAGGCAACCGAUGUCUUGAAGAACGUGAUGCUCAAGCACAACAGACAGCGCCAGAAGGGAAUGUUGCAUGAACGACACCGAAGCGGAUUGAAGGGCUCCGGGUCUGAAAAGGAAGCCGAGGAGUCUGCGAGGUUUAAUCCGCUCGAUUUGGUCCCAAAAAAGGUCCGAAAACACAUAACAAGCCCUUUCGACAAGUUGGUCGACGGCUUCCAGGCCGCCGCAGACAAGGCGCACUGGCUCGCGACGAAUACGGUCGACACCCUUGCGCUCGCCGUCAACAUUCUCAGCCGUGGCUUCACGGACUUUCGUGCCGACUGCGACGGCAGCAAUUUACCCAGUUUCAGUUAUUUUGAUCAGCGCGGCCUGCGAAUCAACUUCGGCAACCUGCGAUGCGAAAUUACGUUGAUGGGGCAGACGACGCCGCUGUUCGGUUUUGACUUCGGGUGGAAACAUAUCCCUUUGCCCAGUCCAACGCAACUACUUGGUGGCAACAUCGAGGGUCUCUUACCGGGACAGUUGCAGCAGAUUGUCAGUGGUGACAUCUUGGGGCUCAUGCCUGGCCCGCUGAAGCUUCUUGGGGCUUUCGACUGCGCCGGGCAAGCUGACGUGGUGCAGUGUCUCGGCUUCAAGAUCAUCUCAGACAUCGCUCCCUUGAACUUCUUGACGCGCCUGGGGGACAUUUUCAAAGAGUUCAUCGAGUCCUUCGCCAAGCUGGCCUCCAAGUUGGUGGCUCAGGCGAUGAAGGGCGGCCAAUCCCUGCUGCAGACGGCGGCCACCACGGAGUUCCCCUCUGUCGGCAAAGAUGCGGUGGUGCAUCACAGAGGACCCAACCUCGUCAUUACGAAGCACUCGCAGAAGAUGCCAGGCAAACAUGCCGAGUUGUUGCAGAAGAUGGCCAACCUGGAGGAGCCCAAACCCCCGGCUGCAGUGAAGUGGAGCUUUGAAGACUACGGCCCUGAGACCCAGGCGCUGGUCACCCAGCUCCUCGUCUCAUUUCCAUUGGGAGCUAGGUUCAACGGCAGGGAGACCAGCACGGGAUCCUGCCUGGCAUUCGCACCCAGGAGCAAGACAGGCAGCAACAACCAGGCGACUGAGGCGGAUUGGCAGGCACAGGCCAAGGACGACUUCGUACAGCUCGAGCCUUGGGCAGUGCCUUGUGGCAACCAGUGGAUGAAGGACCAUUGGGACAAGUGGCAGGGGUAUUCCUUUUAUUCGGUGGACACUUCAAUUGAGAAAUGCCUGACGGUGACGUUCGCAUUGAACAUGCAGCCCGUGGCCGCCUUCGUGGGUGGCAUCGAAUUUGACUUGCUGCCCGGACCGUUGGCGGAAAUCGAUACCCAAGUCUGCUGGCCCCGGCAUCAGCCGGGUGGGUUGGAUCUGAGCGUCUUGCGGUCUGUGAUCAGGUCCAAUGGCGUCCUCCUCUUUAGCCGGACUCUUCGCCUGUCCAAGAGGUUUGGCAACGACACGCACUUCGUGACGGAGAACGUCCACGGAGGCCACCAGACAUCGCGAAGUUUCUUCGGCACAUCAGCAACCGAUGAGGAAAGCGGAACCGGCAUGGCAUCCAUGAAGAGAUCGUCGCUGCUGGAGAGCAACCAGAGCCGGGCACAGGCGAAGGCUCGGUUGCAGGAGUCUCUGCGCUGGGAGACGGACGAGGAGGAUCUGUACUUGGCUUCGGUCAAAUACGGCGAGGACAUGGGCGACAUGGGCAUGAACAAGACAUCCGAAAUUCGAGGGUCCUCAGCCAGAAAGCGGCUCUCUUCUUCAGUCCACGUCUCAGAACAAGUGCACCUCCGACAGCUUCAAGCUUUUUGA